CCAAAGUGGUAGGACAUAUUAUCAUAAAAAUGCCAUAGUCUUGAACAUCCUAUAAAUUCAUUGCAUCAUUCUCUUUCUUCUCCCUCUUGAUGGAUAAACGUAGGAGGAGGAAGACUGGUCAAUCCUCCAUGAAGCACAAUUCUGAGUUUGAAGAGGUGAGCAGUAGAAAAUGGGAGUUCAUUAAUAUGAGCGAACAAGAAGAAGAUAUCAUUUAUAGAAUGCACAAACUUGUUGGUAACAGGUCGGAUUUAAUAGCUGGUAGGAUUCCGGGACGGAAUCCGGAAGAAAUAGAGAGAUUUUGGUUAAUGAGACAUAGUGAAGCGUAUGAGGAUUUAAGGAAAAGAGUCAAAUCUUGAGUAAUUUUAACCACAAUUUACAAGGGAUGUAUAUUGGAACAUUGAGAUAUUUGAUGCAUAAAUCUGAUUGUUAGAUUUGUUUUUCUACUAUGUAUAGUAUGUAAGUUAGUUCUAGGAAAUAGGAUCAUGUUUGGUGUAAUUUAUGAUGUGAAAUCUAAUAUUCAAUUACAA